AUGGAGGCCGAGCCCCCGACCCCGACGUCGAUGCAGGCCCCAUCAGCCCUCCUGUCCCAGGACCAGGACGACUCGACUCUGGGUAUUGAGGGAAGCCCGCAUAUGGGCGUCACCAACGGCCACAACGGCCGGACACACCAUACACAGUCCCAAUCGCUCGACCAGGGCCUCCCAAACUCGCCACGCCACAGCUAUGGCGUCGCAUCCGCCGGCGGUCCCGAUGAGCUAGACCGGUACGCCACGCCGCCGUUGUCACAGCAGGCGCAGUACGCGCAACAUCCACAGCAGCAGCAGCAGCAGCAAUACCCAUACCAGCAACACCAACAGUCCCAGUCACAAGCACCGCAACAGCAACAUUACCACCACCAACAGCAAGCACAGCAGCAUCCCAUCUCCAGACCACCGUCUGGCCUGUCGGGCAGCGGUGCGGCCGGCGGUUACCCGGACCAUGUCUCUCGCAGCAGCGGCGGGCAGGCCGAGGCCAACAGCGGACGGAACCACGUUGUGAUCAAGGUGGGCAUGGUCGGCGAUGCGCAGAUCGGCAAGACGUCGCUGAUGGUCAAGUACGUCGAGGGCAGCUGGGACGAGGACUACAUCCAGACCCUUGGCGUCAACUUCAUGGAGAAGACAAUCAGCAUCCGCAACACGGAGAUCACGUUCAGCAUCUGGGAUCUGGGUGGCCAGCGCGAGUUUGUCAACAUGCUGCCGCUGGUCUGCAACGACGCUGUGGCGAUCCUGUUCAUGUUUGAUCUGACGCGCAAGAGCACGCUCAACAGCAUCAAGGAGUGGUACCGCCAGGGCCGCGGCUUCAACAAGACGGCCAUUCCGAUUCUGGUCGGCACCAAGUACGACCACUUUGUCAACUUCCCGCGUGAGGACCAAGAGGAGAUUUCAAACCAGGCUCGCCGGUUCGCCAAGGCUAUGCGUGCUGCACUCAUUUUUAGCAGCACGAGUCACAGCAUCAACGUUCAAAAGAUUUUCAAGAUCGUCCUGUCCAAGGCAUUCGAUCUGAAGUGCACAAUACCCGAGAUCGAAAACGUGGGAGAGCCACUUCUGUUGUAUCAGUCGUGCUAA